UAGAGCUCGGCUUCCUCCUGGCUUUCUGUCAGCUCCUUCAGCUGAUAUACCUCUGGAGUUCUUCCACUACUGCAGUAGUAAUGAAGUGGCUACACAAACCUGUAUCAAAUAUUUGCAGUAUUUUUUUUUCUGCUCCUGUGUUUAUUACUGGAUAAUCAGUGAUAAUUCAGAGGAUUUGUCAACGCUUACUCAGAGUAGUCGAAUACACAGUGGCCUUCACAUUCACACCCCCCACGUACGGCUGUCUGACCAAAUAAUACUGGAGUAUGUGAAGAUACUCAGUACUCCGAGCCGCCGUGCAGACACUGAUCACUGAUUUGUGCCCCCGCCAAAAUUUCUGCAUACGGAGGCAAUUUACAGUUUGAUUUCUUUUGCUUACAGUGGCAUUUGUGUUGCUAUGAGAACCUUGAGUUAAUUACUAUGAUUUAGUUCUGAUUAUGGAGCCGAGCAGAGAUUUUGUCAUCACAUUACCACUCGCUGCCAGAACCCGACCGUGGUUUCCAGGGAAACUGGAAAUGUGAAGCUUUUCAGCAGACACAGCCACGGCUUAAAGAGCGAGGAUUGCCUAAGAUAGAUUCUUCUAGAGACAAACCUGUAGCAACUGCAAUCAGUUCAAAUCAACAGGGGGACAAGUGCGGACAGUACACGCGUCUCCGGCAACAGUCGGGGCAACGGUGUUUCAACCAGAUCUGAGAGGGAACGAUGAGGAGACGGUUUGGCUCGGACUGCUGAGGUACUGUGACACCUUCACUGCAGAGGCAGAAUGGGAAGUCUUAAGGAUGAGAUGAGUCUGGCAAAGGACCACCGCUGUCAAGAGAAGAUGGACGAAAAGGAGCACACAGGGGCCUCGCAUGUCAACGCUGUGCCUGAGGGACCUCUGGAGUCGAACACCGACGUGGACCGUCGACCAGAACUGCUCAGUGAUGCCGGCUUCCCUGUAGACGGACGAGAGAGUCCGGUGUCUGGAAAUCAAGUGCUCUCAGGAGAGGAGGCUGAUGAUUCGGACGCAGGAGAAGUUGCCGAUGUCGACGCUACACCACGUGGACAACAGUCUGAAACGACAAACAUCGACCUGGAAAUCUGUAACCAGUUGAUCGAUGAUGGACCUGGAGCGCCUGACGUUCAGAGCGAGUCUGAGGGUGGGAUCAAAGGUGACGAGGAGACGGGAACGGAGAGUGUUUUGGUGCCGUUAACGCCAGACCCUCGAUCCCCUCACCCACCUACCCCAGCUCCUUUUGGGCAGCACCACAUGCGCACACAGGUGAGCCUGGAGGUGGUCCAGUGUUGCUCUGCAGCCACCAGCCCCAUGACGCCCCCUGAGGGUGGACAGUCAUUCUUUUUCCCAAGCUCCUUUGGUGGAACCAGAGCUGUGGGCAGUGGCACCAAAGAUGCUGAACUCCAGGUGGGCCAGCAGGUGGAGAUGUGCUCGGCUGCCACCUCCCCGAUGACGCCAAAGACGCCGUCGACUUCUGCCUUCCCAGAACUGGUCGGGAUGGAAUUUUUUAAGAGAGAGGGACAAGUCGGAGGACGUGAAGACAAGUCCUCAACAUGUCUGAGCAAAGUGGUGUUGACGAAAACAGGAGAGCAGACUGAAGAAUCGAGCUCAGGAUCAGCUCCAGAGAGUGGGGUAACAAUGGAGGGCAGUAGUCAGCAGUGUAAGCAGCAGAGGAUGGGAAGUUUGGAUCAGGACAUAACGAUCCUGGUGACGCAAUAUGGCAACAACGAGGAAGGAGAGGAAAUAAAGACUGAGGACGUUGUUUACUCCAUGGAGCCAGAGAUGGUGAAAAUAGAUGAGUGUGACGAAGCUUCUGCUCUCAGUCGGACAAGGAACCAAAAUCCUCCUCAAGAGAAGAAUGCAGCGUCUUCUGAUUCUGCUGGGAAUCGACCAAUAACCAUCCCGAGACCCGAUGGUUCUAGCGGCGGACAGAACAACGGUGAAGAGUCGAACAAAGUUUCUGCAGCGAAGCCCUCCAUCCCAGAGUCUCCAGCCCCCUUCGGCUGUCACAACAUGCGCACGCAGGUCAGUCUGGAGGUGGUGCAGUGUCAGUCGGCGGCCACCAGUCCCAUGACCCCUCCAGAGGGCGACCGCGCCUUCUCUUUUCCAAGUUCCUUUGGCAAAUGUGAAGCUGUGGGCACAGAAACGAAAGAUGUCGAGCUGCAAGUUGGUGAACGGGCGGAGGUCCGUUCUGUGGCUACGGCACCGAUGACCCCACGAACACCCACCACCACAGUGUUCUCAGACAUAAGGAAGGAGAGCAGAACAGGUGACAAGAUGGUGGGGGGGCAGGUUGGAAGCCAGGAGCCUGAAGAAAACAAAGGGAAGAAAGCUGAAGAAGCUAACAAAGACGACAUGGAAGCAAAAGAGAAAGAGGAGGAGAAAGAGGAGGAGAAAGGCUUUUUUAAAGGAGAGGAGCCGUUACAGGAGGUGAGCUGGGAUGAGAAGGGGAUGACAUGGGAGGUGUACGGCGCCGUGGUGGAGGUGGCCGUGCUCGGCUCAGCCAUCCAGAAACACCUGGAGAAACAGGUGAAGAAGCAGAAGCCGUCCAUGCCGCCGCCCCCUCCGCUCAACCCUUCAGCCGUACCGCUCACCACGGAACCCCCGCAGGGGUGCUCAGGGUCGGGUAAAGGCCGAGCCGGGAAGAGAGCCGAGCACGACGGCAAGGUGAGCAGACGCAGGAGAAAUCCUUUUCGCCAGUUGAUGGAGAACAUGCAGCAGCCACACUGCUGCUCCAGAGCUCACACCACGGAGUGACCCCUGGAGGAGGUCAUUGGUGGGCAGCUGGCCAAUGAGGUUCAAUAAUUUAGUUCCGUGUGGCGUCAUGGAAGUGUAAGAGGCAGACUGCCUCCUCAAAAGGACUUUUCCAAAAAGCACAAAAGACGUUUUAUAUUCAGAAAGUAUCAUGUUUUUUUCCAUGAUUUACAUGAUUUUUCCACAAUAUUUUUCACAACAGACGGAUGGAAAAACGAGAGUUAACAUAUCAACGUCAAGAGCUCUUCUCUUCAGACAUUUCCAUUGAAACUUUUCCGCCGUCUACUGACUCAUUUACACUUGCUGAUCUUUUUUUUUUGCACCUUCUAUAAUACAAAGCCAUGGAAACCAGUCCUCCCUCUGCUGGUUUUAAUAACCAGCUGAAAGAGAGAUGGGAGCAGAGGGAAAGUUUUUUUUUUUAUUACUUCCUCUUCAGUCAGCAAAAUCAAUCAAUUUUUGUGUGAAAAAAAGCUUUGAUUUUUAAAUGUUGCUUUCUGCGAGUGCCCGUCAUAAAGUCUCGUAAUCUGCUUUGGGAUUUUGCACAAUUUCCUGUUUGACAAAAAAAAACUUACAAUGAGCACAAUCAGAGUUAUUGCAGUGAAGCAGUGACUCAUGUCAUCAUUACCAUAAUCACUGACUGUAUUCACGACAAAGUGAUGCUGUUGUAAAUUAUGCUGUGAUUAGCCUUCAUUUGUAUUUAAUAGGAACAUUGUCAGUAUUCUGUGUUGUAAUGACCGUGUUCAUACAACAGUGGCCGCCAAACCAUAUUUGAAGAAAAUGUUUUUAUUCACACACUGUACUUGUUAUACAUUCAUUUAUGUCACUUUAGGAUAAAACAAUAUUGUCACUCAGCCAUAUGGAGGAUGUGCACUGCACGGUGAUUUACACUAGAAGGCAGCAGUGAGUUAGACAUGGAUCAAUUUUACAACAGAAAAAUCUCGUGGUGCACUGCCAAACAAAAAUAAUGUAUGCUAUGAAAUAUAAUAAUCUUCUACUGUAGCUUUCAAUUUACUUCGUCUGUUUGAAACCUGGGCCUGUUUAGUUGAACACGAUGCUGAUUUAAUAGCAGGACUUGAAGAAAGACACAACGAUCUACAAAAAAUGUGAGUCUCUUUAUUUUUUAUUGCCAUCUGCUACUACCUAGUGGACAAGUGAUUGUUACUGUAUAUGGUUACUGUGUAUGGGAAUUACUGCUUUAUACACUAUUCUGUUCUGAACAUUAUUUCUAUGCUGUAACAAAUGUUUUGGUUUUUUUUUUUUUUUUUUUUGUGGUUUUUUUGCAUAACAUUUUUCUAAAAUGCAAAACUGCAGUUUUUAAAACAAUUGCUUUUGCUUUGUGUGAACAGAAUAAAGUGGUUCAUUUGUGCAACAACAACAAAAAAAAGCUUUGGGGAUUUUUGUGUGUAAUAUAUUACACAUUAACAACACAUUACGAUCCUCAUAAUAUUCUGAAAGAGCGCUUGUGAAAUAUUGAUCAAUAAUAUAUUUUUUUUCUUUCAGGCUGUCGAACAGGAAAUAAAAAGAGACCAGGUGAUGACACGAGAAUAAAACAGCGCGGACUUCAGUCUUCUUCAACCGUUUUAUUAUCUUCAUUCACCAAGUAACUGUGGGGUCACACCCUCGACACUUAGAGAUUAAUUAGGCGGGACCUCUUAAUGCGACUGCUGUAGUUGUAGUACAUACGCCAGACCAAUAGGCGGUGCUGUGUCACCACAGCUCAAACACA